GAAGGAAUAGGUCUGAACGGUUUGAAGAGGGACCUUCAAUGAGCCCUGGGAUUCUUCGAGUCAGUGGUGGAUUCUUUUGUCUUUCCAGAUUCUGUAUUUCCAAUCCAUCAUCCUACUCAACACACCAGAACAUAGCUCAACAUGAAGUUUUUAUGCUUACACGGCGCCUAUGGCAACAUCCCGGCUGCGAAAGUCCAGCUAGGACCGAUGAUAGAUAUCCUUGAGGCUGAUGGAGCGGCAUCCUUUGAUUUCAUCCAAGGCCGUGUACCAGUGACACCACCUCCAGGCUUCGAGUCGUAUUUUGGACCGGGACCACACUUUCGUUUCUUGAGAGACCGAGGUGAAGCUGAGGCUUCGGCAGUCGAGGGCAUCAGAGUGUUCCCAGAAGCUGACACCCCUGAGGAUGCUCUACGUGCUCUCAUGCCAGCGGGAGAAGCGAAGAUCGGAUUUGCUGGAGCUAGAGAAGCUGCCUUGGAGCAACUCUAUGAGGCACUCGACGCUGACCCUGAAAUUUGCGGAGUUGUUGGCUACAGUGAGGGUGCAUCUGCAGCAGCAACCUUGAUCUACGACGAGCAAGAACGAAUGAGAUCCGAAGGGUACGUUCCCAGGAUCAAAGCUGCCAUUUUCUUCAUGGGAUGGCCUGCCUUGACAAGCGAGAGUGUACCGGCAUUGUCGGACGAGAUUGAAGACCUGCUUGAGGUUCACUCUUUGCACAUUAUCGGGGCGAACGAUCCGUACAAAGAUGGCGCACUUGCCUUGUAUAACCUGUUCGACGAUAACAUGGCUAUCUUCUUCGAUAGUGCAGGCGGUCAUACCAUUCCUCGUCAUGGCAAAUUGUUACAAGAGCUGGCCGAAGCGGUAAAAGGGCUGAUUGUCAACGUGCAUGAAGAUGACUCUGUACAACUCCCAGAGCCAGUGAAGGUAGCCAAGCGUUUGGAUUCGGCUGUCAACAUUCCUGACUUGAGUGCGCUCAAGCUCUCCCAUCCGUGAUGGAGCAGCUCCAGGAAGAGGUUAGGAAUGAAUUAGCUCCGAGCAGCUCGAACCACCAUCACAAUGUUAUACCAGAUUCAACGUCCACGAAGUACUGAGAAAGCGCUGGCUGUAAGACCUGUAGCUAGCACUUGAGUUCCCUACGCGUCAGAUGCAAUUUCGCCAGGUUCCCUCGAACAUAGUGAAGCCUUCUGAGGUGCGCGUAGUUGGUAACGCGGGACAAGACUCGUCACAAGCUCUGGCGUUUCGUGUGAGGAGAUUGGUACACGCACUGGCCGACUGAACAUCGGCAUCGUGAGGGUUGUUUGGACGCGCGAGAAAAGAGGAAAGUGUCAAUGGUGCGCCAGCCCAUAUUGGCAGUUUAUGAUUGUGGCGAUCGUGAUAGCAGAUAGAAGCGCGCGCCUAAAACCGACUAGUCUUAGUUUGGUACCCAUCAUUGGAAUGUCCAUCGUGUGUUUGACCAUCCAAGGCGGAAGGAAU